AAAAGUGUUGUAAAAAGUUCACCCUCUCUUCAUUCAGAGAAAACAAGCAUUUUACACCUAUUAUAUGUGUUGCAAGCAAAGACAUGACGCACAUAAAUACUGAUCUGUGACCAUUUUGUGGUCCAAUUGGUGUGAAACUUAUAAAUCUGCUAAAACAAAGUACUGGGUUUGUACAACUCACUAAAUCAAACUGUGUCACUGAAGGUUAAUUGGGCUCCGUGGACCAAGGUCUCACCUGAAAUGUCUCCUCAUUUUUCAGUUUUGCAGGUCCGUCAUUAAGCAGAUUGUGUAUAAACAGAGAAAGAGAACAUGCAUUUCUAAAGACUUCUCUAAAUCCAAUUCACUUCUCUUUUGCUGAUUUUCUUUCUCAUCCUGCACUUAGAGGCACUUUUACAUGCUGAACAGCCUUGGAGCACUUCCAAAUCACAAUCUGUAGAAAUUGCUGCAAAUUAAAGGUUUCAGAUUAAAUAAACAAGGUGGCCCUGAGUAUCUCCUGACAUGUAAUUACAUAGUUUUUCGAGCCUGUUCCACAAACAGGGUUAAAGUCCAGCUCAUCUGCAAACAUUAAUGAGUAACCUUUACAAUGAGCUCACCUGCUUAUUGGAGGCCGCUUCAGCAGAUGUGCUGGAGUUGCAGCGAUUGCAUCGACGGCAGCCCAGCUCGGUGACAGAGGAUCUCGUCCCAGGACAGAGAAUGAUCAAAACGCUGCUAAUUGGCAUUUUAUGUGGCGCAGCCGCGCUGACCAUCGGCAUCCUCAUCGGCCACUUCGGCAUCACCAAGAGCGGCAGCUCGGCACCACCCUGGCUCCAGGAUGUGGCGAAAGACGUGGACGAAAGCCUGAUUGAGACGUUCCUGUCUGAGGUGAACACUCUCCGCAUCGAGGAAAACCUGAGGGAGUUGACCCGGGUGCCCCACAUGGCCACCACAGCUGGAGAUGAGCGGACAGUGCAGCUCAUGCUGAAGAGGUGGCAGGACCCUGAAACGGGUCUGGACCGGGCCUGGAGAGAGGAGUACCUGGUCUACCUGUCCUUCCCUGACCCCAAGAAGCCCAACAAGGUCACAGUGGUGGGUCCGUCCGGCGAUGUGCUGCACGCCAUCAGGGAGAAGGAGAAGCCGUACACAGCGGAGCAGGAGGAUCCGGAGGUGGUUCAGCCGUACGCCGCCUACUCCCCCGCCGGACACGCCAAGGGGAAGCUGGUUUACGCCAACCAGGGGACUCCCAGCGACUACGAGCGCCUGAACCAGACGGUGGACCUGGCCGGAACCAUCGCCAUCACCAGAUACGGCGGAGCGGGACGAGGAGCCAAGGCCGUCAACGCGGCGCCGUACGGCGUCGCCGGCGUGCUGGUCUACACCGACCCGCGGGACAUCAACGACGGCGUCACGUCGGACGCCGGCGAGACGUACCCGCACUCCUGGUACCUGCCGCCCUCCGGGGUGGAGAGAGGCUCCUUCAACGGCCAGUUUGGAGACCUGCUCACGCCGUACCUGGCUGCCAAAGAGGACACCUACCGGAUCCCAGCAGAGAACGUCACAGGGAUUCCUCCCAUUCCCAUUCAGCCCAUCGGAUAUGAGGACGCCUACGUGCUCAUCUGUGCGCUGGAUGGAGACGCCGCUCCGCAGAACUGGCAGGGAGGAUUCAACUGCACCUACAACCUUGGCCCCGGGUUCAAACCCACGUCCGCUUUCAGCGCCAGUGACGUGCAAAUGGACAUUUUCAACUAUGAAGAGAAGCGGAACUCCUCCAACGUGAUGGGCGUGAUCAGAGGGAGCGUGGAGCCGGACAGGUACGUGAUCUAUGGGAACCACAGGGACAGCUGGGUGCACGGCGCCAUCGACCCGAGCAGCGGGACCUCGGUCAUGCUGGAGCUGAGCCGCGUUCUGGGCCGGUUGGUGAAGCAGGGCAAAUGGAGGCCGCGCAGGUCCAUCAUCUUCAGCAGCUGGGGAGCAGAGGAGUUCGGACUCAUCGGAUCUGCAGAAUACACAGAGCAAUACUUCACCAAGCUCAGCGAACGCACCGUCGCCUACAUCAACGUGGACAUCGCUGUGUUUGGCGGCGCCACGCUCAGCGCGGCCGGGAUGCCGUCGGUGCAGAACGUCAUCUUCACAGCUGCCAAACAGGUGAACCGUCACAAAGCGCCGCACGCCGCUGCAGCGGAACCGCUCACGUUCGGUCUCUUCGCUCCGCAGGUCGCCGCUCCCGGACGAGUGUCCACCUCCGUGUAUGAGAACUGGCUGCGGUUCUCCAACAGAACCAGCCCGGCUCUGGGACUCAUCCCCAGACUGGGCCACAUCACGGGAGCAGGGAGCGACUACGCGGCCUUCGUGCACUACCUGGGAAUCACUGCCAUGGACUUCUCACACGCAUACGACAGGACUAAAAGCAGCGCUCGGACCUACCCCGCCUACCACACCGCAUACGACACCUUCGACUACGCCUCCAGGUUCAUCGACCCAGGGUUCUUGAGCCACCAGGCGGUGGCCCGAACGGCAGGGAACGUCCUGAUCCGCGUGGCCGACAGCCUGCUGCUGCCGCUCAACUGCAGCGACUACGCAGAGACCCUGGAGCAAUACCUCACAACAGCGGAGUCUCUGUAUCAGGAGCAACUGAGUGCUCAGAAAAUACCCAUGGAACCACUCAAACGGGCAGUGGCCAACUUCCGGAGUGCAGCGUCUCAUUUGGAUCGAGUUAUCGGUGCUUCAGACCUGAAAAAUGAAACACCUCUGAAGGUCAGAAGAAUCAAUGACCAGCUCAUGCUACUGGACCGAGCCUUCUUGAACCCACUGGCCUUCCCAGAAAAAUACGCAUACAGACACGUCAUCUGGGCCUCCAGCAGCGCCGGCCAGCCGACCUUCCCGGGUCUCGCCGAUGCCUAUGCCCAGGCCGAGUCAUCGGGUCAGUCCAGAGACUGGGAGAGGGUCCACUAUCAGCUGUCGGUCCUGACCCAGUCCAUCGAUGGUGCUGCCCAGACCUUGGUCGACGUGAUAUAGACUUAUUGGGUCUCGUGGGUUUGGAUGCUGAGCUGUAACACCCAAACCUGCCACCAGGGGGCAGAGCGAGUUGUGAGACAAUCCUACUGCAUAAAUCGGCAGUUGAGAUUAUAUGUUGUAAUCCUGAUAAGAGAACCAUGUGACAAGACAAAGCCAGCCACUCACCUGAAGGUGUGCCAAUCAGCACUAACUACUGUUAAUGAAUUUACUCCAAUUAAGUUAAUGAAAAAAUUUGAUGCAUUUGUCAGAAACAACAAAGACGACUCGCCAGUCGCAGAGUUUAUUCUUUUAAAUAUACAUUUUUUUUCUCUCCCCCAUUAAAUACCCCCCCCAUCCCUCCCUCCCUCCUCCUCCCCCAUUUCCCCCUCACUCUCGGUUCUCUGCUUUCGCUUUACCCCCUCCAUAGAGAGACUGAAAGCUCGUCCGGCUGAAAAACACACUCUACUUUGUGCAGUAUAUUGCUUAUUAAGACAUUUGCGAAAACAUAAAUUAAAAAAUACUACAGCUCGUCUUUUUUUCCAUUUUCUGCUCCGACAUCACACUGCUCUGAACAGAAUCUAAAAAAAAAAUUAAGUUUUAAAAUAAGAAAACACCACAGUGUCCCUCAGUCUGGCUACAUACACUGAACUGGAUUCCCCUGUUUCACCUACACAGUGGUCUUUACUGCGACAAGACGAGAUGUCCUGAGCUCGGUCAAAUCAGUUGGUGGCUUUAAUAUUUAAGUCAGGAGACGUCUGAUCAGCCAAUCUGAACUCGGCCUGAACGUUACUAGUGUUUGUGCCCCUGCUCAUCUCCUCCCUGCAGGUCAGUGCAAGUGUGUGAAGGGGAAUAAACACCUGAUU